AUACAACUAUAAGAGAGAUUGGAAAACCACUUUGCACUGCUUAUAUUGUACUGUAUUAGAACUAGGCAACUAGCUAGUUAAUUAGCCAACUAAGCUUGAUGAAUUAUGAUAGAAAAUGAAACGUCUUUAGAAUUGUUUUGUUGCACAUAGUAUCCACCAGAUGGCAACACGUGCAUGGUUAACUGAUGAGUUGAGUUAUGUCAUUUCCUACUGUAGGGUUGUAGUUCCGACAAGCUGUCAAUCAAACUUUGUGUCAAUCGAUUGUUUUCUGGUACUCUGUCUUUGAAAGCAACUUAAUCAGAACCACACGUCUGACUUUUGAUGGAAACUUUGCGGGCUUGGACAUCAAACCCGGAAGAGAACUAAUAAGUGAGACUAGCUGCGUUUACACAGACAGGUUAGUAGCUAACGCUUAGGCUACCUAGCUAAGUUAGCUAACAGUUGUUUGAGCCAGCCAGCAGUAUGCAUUUUUCCCUUGCCGAAAAUAGGAAAUGGCCUAAUUUCACAACCUUUUGAGAAAGUGUGGAGCUGAAAUCGUAGCUAAAACUAAUCAUUGACUCUGGCAGCUAACGUUAGCUAGCUAGAUAUUGAUACAUCUGUCAUCAUUCCUGCCUGUGUCACACGUCAGAGAAUCACCAGUGUCAAUCUCACCCGCGUGAUUGCAUUUUUGGGAGUUGUCCCCCAGAUAGAUUCGUUCAUUGACUCUUUAUGUUAUUCUUUUAAUUGACAUUCUGACUAAAUACAAUGGGCAAUUGUUGUGACUGCCUAGUAUAAAAUAACAUUUCCACGUAGUUGAGUGGCCUAGAAAUCUCGACCCCCUUCUUGAUCCUUUGUAUACAGUAAGGGCUACAUACAGUAAAUGCGUAUCUGGUGAAAUCACCAAAUGACAUCAAGAAGUUGUAGCUAAUUGUGAAAGUUGCAAAGAAAAAGUAUUGUAAACGUGCAUAACAGCCCCAUCCAGUGGUUAAGAUUAAAAGCCAGAGCACAGCUUUUUCAGAUAAAAGAAAAAAUCUCCAUCCAUAUCGAAGUGCGACCAUGGAAGCACACAGUUGUCACCGACUGCCUGGAAAAACAUCAAGAAAGAGGAGAAGGGAUGAAAUCAACGGAGAGAUGGAGGGAGAGCAGGCCGUCAAGGUCCGACGAUCCACAGUGGGUCUGACAGAUCCAGCCCCAUUUGCUGACCAGCUAGAACCAGUUACCGCUCCGUACGUGCGUGUCAGUAUGGAGGAGGCAUGCCAGGGCACCCCACAAGAGCGUCCGGUGCGGGUAUAUGCAGAUGGGAUCUUUGACAUGUUCCAUUCCGGCCACGCCCGAGCACUGAUGCAAGCCAAGGGGCUCUUCCCAAACACCCAUCUAAUUGUUGGAGUAUGCAGUGACAACCUGACACACAACUUAAAAGGCUUCACCGUAAUGAACGAGGACGAACGCUACGACACGGUCAGUCAUUGUCGCUACGUUGACGAGAUCGUACGGAACGCACCAUGGACGCUCACGCCGGAGUUCCUGGCUGACCACAGGAUUGACUUUGUCGCCCAUGACGAUUACCCAUAUUCUUCGGCAGGAAGUGACGAUGUUUAUAAGCACAUCAAAGCGGCAGGCAUGUUCGCACCCACACAGCGGACAGAAGGCAUCUCCACUUCUGACAUCAUCACCCGUAUUGUCCGCGACUACGACGUGUACGCACGCAGAAACCUGCAGAGAGGCUACACUGCCAAAGAGCUUAAUGUCAGCUUCAUCAAUGAGAAGAAGUACCACCUGCAGGAGCGUGUGGACAAAGUGAAGAAGAGGGUGAAGGAUGUGGAGGAGCGAUCCAAGGAGUUUGUGCAGAAGGUGGAGACAAAGAGCAUCGACCUGAUCCAGAAGUGGGAAGAGAAGUCCCGAGAGUUCAUCGCCAACUUCCUUCAAAUGUUUGGGCCAGAGGGAGCACUGAAGCACAUGCUAAAGGAGGGGAAGGGGCGGAUGCUGCAAGCCAUAAGCCCCAGGCAGAGCCCCAACGGCAGCCCGACCAGAGAGCGCUCGCCCUCUCCGCUGCCCUCCUUCCGUCUGCCCUUCUUCACCAAGACCUCCCCUCCCUCCUCGCCCCACCACCUCAGCGGAGCAGACAGCAUAUGCGAGGACGACGAUUAGGAGCCUCCCUCCAUUCCUUUCUCUCCCUGUGGCUGAGAUGGUGCAGGGCAGGGUUUAGGGUAAAUACCAUUUCAAUUCAGUCAAUUGAUUGAAUUGAAAUGGAAUUGACCCCAGCCCAAGUGGCUCACGAGGAAUUGAUUAUUCACAUGCGCUUGAAUUAGGAUGCCAUAUUGCGUUUUUUUUCCUAUCCCGCUCACAUUACUGGUUCUCUUUACCAGGCCUCCAGUGUCAGUCAGGGCCUUUGUCAUGUUUAGGGUGUUGGAAACCACGACACCACGACACAAUAGCAUAGGAAGUUUCAUCAUAACUCUCUGUAAAACGGCUGUUCUUUGGGGUCAUAGUGUUGUUGUUAUACACAAAAUAGAUUUUCAAAUGUUUCAUUUUAUGAUGUAUAAAAAUGAAUUAAUGAACAUGGGAAGGUGUCAGCCAAUACGGGCGUGAGUGAUGGGACACUCAUUCGCUCAUAAAUGUUCUUCCGACACACACUGAAUUGUAUUUGCCAUGCUAAAUCCAUAGUAGCUCCAGAGAAAAUUGAACAAGUGAUAACCGGUACGUUCUGUAAAUAAUAACUUUCUACUUUCCCCAUUUGAUUUCAUUCUGAAUUUCCUUUAUGGGAGUUACAUGAAGUAAUCGCUUAAGUCGUCUGGAUUUUUAAACUAUUGAAUCUAGUAGGGGUUAACCAUCGUACUGGAGUCUAUUUUCCCAGUCAAAAACUAGCCGGCACCUCAUACCAGCUGUCUUCCUCUUUAUCCCAUAACAAAAGCUGGUUUCAAACAUGGGGGGGGGGGGGACAUGGGAGGGGCGGAGGGUUUCCUCCAAUAUGAAGCAGUAGAAUGCCAUCCCUCCUCCCCCUCCCUUGGGUGAUCACGCUACAGGAGCAACACAGCAGCCUGUUGUUAUCAAUGAAAGACAGUGAGCCUCCCUCGCCUCGUAGAUGCAUUCUCUUCAACUGCCUCCACAGAAAAAGACAACUUGGGUAGAAUGAAAGCCUUGUGCAGAAUUCCGAAUACCCCCAUAGCCCCCUAGCACCCCUUAGGGCCUAGGCACUCCUGUAGAUCUGAAAGGAUGAGAUAGCUUUUGCGUUCUGGCUGGGUGGCAUUUUCACCGUGUUGGAUACACCUAUUCAGUCCUUUUAGGCCUAGGAAACACUGAGGUUGUACAACUGAUGUACAAUGCAUUGGACUCAACAGUUGUGAUGCAAUGGAUUUUUUUUUUUUUACUGAAACGUUUAAAAUAUUGUUGUUUGGUGGUAAAUAUUUUUGUGCAGACAAAUGCAUAACAAAUACCCGUUGUAUCAAAUGCGGUGUACAACCUGAGUGUGAACUAGGCCAGUAGACCUAAAGGUGUGCCUAAGGCUGUACCACUUGCUCAGGAGUGAAGUUCCACUAGGGACAGAUCUAGGAUCAGCUUCCUCCCCCAAUACACCUCCCAUUAGUGGAGAAAAUGCUAAACUGACCCAAGAUCAGGGGAAACUUGACCAUACUCCAUUCCUGCUUAAUAACCUCCCUACUCUGUAACUGUAAUUGGAUUGAUCGAGGACUUUUGACUACAUUGGUCACCUGAUUAGUCACCAAGUUGAGUUGUUUUAUCCUCGUAUUUUGUCAUUUACUUUUAUUUAAUAUGUACUAAGUGUGUUGGUUUGUGUUAAAGGAGAUCUACCGUACGUACUUU